AUGCGGUAUCUUUGUCUUUUCGGCCUGGCCUCCGGCGCCACGGCCUUGAGCAUCAGCAUCAGCUACAGUUUGACAGCGACAUUCACGGCGACCAUCUACGAAACGGUCACAACCUGUCCAUGCACAGUAACGACAUCCUCAACUCCGUCAGUAUUGUUACCAAGCAAUCCCAUCCAGGCCACGCCAACCACGUCGAGCCCAGGGACUACUCAAGCUACGAGUACACUGCUUACGACGACGUCUUCCACCCUUGCGAGUUCCAGUACCAUCGCCUCGAGUGUAACUACACUUGCAACCUCGACUUCAUCCACAGCUGUCAGCAGCACUACAGGCAUUCCAGCCGCCGCAACCGACGAGGCAGACUACGUCGAUGCACUCCUCCUGCACCACAAUGUCCACCGCGCAAAUCACUCCGCCAAUGCGAUCACCUGGUCUGACACCAUGGCCGUAAUCGCCCAAACAAUCGCUGACACCUGUGUCUAUGGGCACAACGUCACCGUCAGUGGAGGUGGCUAUGGUCAGAACAUCGGCGCCGGUUUCUCAGCUACACCAUUGGGUAUGGGCGAAAUGAUCACCGAGUUCAUGUACAACGACGAGAUGCCCAACUACUUAUACUAUGGUCAAGAACCGAAUUAUACCACGCUCGAUCAGUGGGGCCACUUUUCGCAGAUUGUGUGGAAGGGCAGUUCGAGCGUGGGCUGUUACACGUCGAAUUGUACGGCGAAUGGGUUGGCAAAUACGAAUGGGGGCGUCCAGCCUUUCUUUACGGUGUGUAAUUACUCGCCGGCUGGGAAUGUCGAGGGCGAGUUCGCGGAUAAUGUUGGGGAACCGCUUGGGCAACCGGUCGUGGAUCAGAAUUGUGGACUCACUUCAUAG